UAUCGUGUGCAGAUAAAAUUUGUCAUAUAAGGAAGUUAAAGUACAAUAGCGAGUGAAAUACUUCUGAUUCCCCCCCCCCCCUUUUUUACAUUUACAAAACAAAUGAAUUUGUGAAUAACUCGUCGAAACACUAACAAUAAAUGAUUAUAAGCUUCUAUUCCUGGUAUAAAAAUGUCAAACCUGUUAUAUUGUGGAUGUUAAAACAUGUUCAAGACCUAACUUGUUUAUGGAUAAUCUUUUACGAUCAUAACUCUGAUUUUUACCUGAACUCUCUGAAUCCGGCUACACAUUCUCCUGGUUCCUUAAAAAAGAAUUUAGAAAAUUGAAAUAAGCAAAGCAAAAAGGAUUUAUGUUAAUGGUACGUUUCAAACCAAAAAAAUGAAGGUUCCAGCUAAUUACAUUAUAAAGUCAAUAAACAGUAUGUCAAAUCUGGCCACGCUUCGACGGGUAAAGAAAUGCACGAUUUUUGCCACAAUCACAAUGCUAGUAUUUGUAAUAUUUACGAAUUUAUUGCCGGUUUUUGAGCAAUAUCAGACUGAACAUUUAAAACUGGACACUGAUGCUUAUUUUGAAGAUGCUAAAGAUUUGAGGUAUCCAGUCAAAGUACAGCCGUACUUAUUUCGACUAAUAAAUGCUUCUAACCCGAGCGUUCCAUUGACCAUAAGUGCAACAUAUCUUAUUCAGAACCGAAAUCUUUGUCGUUCUGUGAAGAAUCUUACGGUGCUUGUUGUAGUUAAUUCUGCGACAGACCAUUUUGAACAGAGACAGAGUAUAAGAGCAACUUGGACAAACGACACGUAUUACUCGUAUUUAGCAACAGUCAGAGUUGUGUUUCUUGUUGGCAGAACUGUGAGUCACGUUGUCCAAUCUGCGCUUGAAAUGGAGUUCGAAAAGUAUAAAGAUAUCGUACAAGGAGAUUUUAUAGAUGCCUACAACAAUCUUACACAUAAAGGUGUGAUGGGUUUUAAAUGGAUUACGGAGAGAUGUCGCAAUGCGGAAAUGAUUCUGAAAGUAGAUGACGACAUUGUAGUUAAUAUGUUUCUAUAUAUCUAUAAAUUAAAACAUUCUAAAGCGCUGCAAAAGGCAAACGUAUAUUGUGAAUACAAAUCCGAUCUUAUACACAGAGAUUUUACAUCAAAAUGGUAUGUUGAUGAAAGUCAUUUCAAAGGAGUAAAAAGAUAUCUGAAAUUUUGCAAAGGAAAGUUUGUGAGUAUGACGAAUGAUAUAAUGCCAUCUUUAUAUCUAUCCGCCUCGAAGUCGCCGUUUUUUCAUCUCGAUGACGUUUUGUUGUUUGGAUAUGUCCUGCAUAAGAUUCCAGGAUUGAAGUAUGAAACGUUCAGUGACGGUGAUUGGCAGGGGGUAACUAAUGAAGCAAAACACUGUUUAGAUACCAAAAAUGAAAAAUGUACAUACAUUGCCAUGCAGGCCGGUUACAAGGAGGACGUAUUAAAUAUUUGGUCGAAAGUAGUCAAACACUUUAAAGAUAAAGCAUAGCCAACACAAGACUGAAUAAUAGUUAUACUAAGUGUAUCAUUCAGUAGAAAUAUCCUUUUAUUAAAAAUUUACUAAUUUUAAGCCUAAAUUACACAAAUAAGACGUGUGAAGAUAUGUUAAACAAGUUAAACAAUUAAAUAUUUCAUCAAAAAGUGUUUGUUAUAUGAUGUCAAGAAUUUCUAAUGGCAUUCGUUUAUUUAAAUCAAACUGUUUGUAUCUUUUUAAAGCUAUUAAAGAAAUCUACGCUUUCUAUAAAUAAAAUGUUUUAAACAAUCUACUUGAAUUCACAUUUUAAAGAUUGCGUUUGAGACAUGUUCAUUUUAUUUUCGAGAACGUUACAUAAAAACUAAAACAAGAUUAUUGUUGGGAAGUAUGUCUCAUAUUUAAACACUCAAAUAAUAAAUUACAAGGAGGUAUUUUAAAUUGACACAACAUGUCUGUUCAACGGUAGAGGGACUCCACCGGAGAUUUUGACAUAUUUCUCGAGAUAAAGUUGAUCGAGAUCGAGGUUGUGUAUAAAUUUCAGAUCAUUCGUUACCUCCGUUUCUUUCCAGAAUAAUUUGUGAAAAAUGACCCAAAAUUGAAAAGCAUUGCAACGCUUUUCUAGGACUAGAACAAAAAUACGACUUUCGUUUUUUUAGUAUAUUUCUUAAGUAUCUUCUUUCGCAUGUCUUUCUUCUUAAACUAAGUGCCCGAAAUGAUCUAUGUACGAAAUUCAAAUUAUGGCUUUUAUGUUUUUGACCUCAGUGGAGUAACUUAAACUUGUUCAUGUAAUUAAACAUUUUUUUCUUAAAUAUAAACACGAAAUCAUCUGUUAUAAACGAUGAAACAUUCACAAUGAUUUACGGAAGUUUUGAUGGAAAUUUAUCAUUAUUGUGAUGUAAUUCAGUGCAAAACAAUUCAGAAUUUUCAACUACCAUAUACCAGCUUUACCAUUUGAUUGGCUUGUAUUUUUCUGCAUAUUACAUAUUCUGCAUAUUACAUUUUUAAAGGGAGCCUUUUCGGAAAUUUUGUCUGGGUACUAAAAUGUAUAGUAAUAAAUUCAUUUACCUAAUGUAUCUAUGAAAUACAAUUAUAAGCACACUAGGUAUGGCAACUUUUCGUCUAUACAGUACCCCCAUAUUUGAUACGUUUGAAGAACCAAAAGAUCAAUGUGUGUGACCUAAGAGUAUUUUAUAUAUUGAUUUAAAACUAUCAAGAACCUAAAUAUAUUUUGAUUUGUUUAUUUUAUCUUGCCAUAAAAGAUAGCACUAAAACUCACAAUAAUCCCCGAUAAUAAUUGCCAAAUAAAUCUUGUUCAGGAUUAUUUUUCGGCAAUAUUGUAUUUUGUUGAUAAAUGUCGGUCACAGGGCAUUGAUUUUUGAAUGUAACUUUGAUUCGCCUUUUAUUGUUAUUAAUAACAUUUAAUUUUGUUAUUAUAAUAGUUAUAAAUAAAAUGAUUAAGUCAUAGCAUUCAAUUUGUAUUUUAUUUAACUUCUAUAAUUAUUCCCUCUAUAGUCAUUUCCUUUUGUACCAUAAGAAUUCUGAUUCAGAUGAUAUUUAAAAAAGUUUACUUUUUUACAAAGGAAAUUUAUCAUCAAUCGUUAUUAAAAUCAAAUUGUUGAUAAGAAAUAGUAUUA